UUAUUGCGAACACACAGAUCUAGAGAUUCUAGACCUUUAGAUUUGUAGAAUCAAGAAAUAGACUUAGGACUAGACUACUGUUGUAUAGAUUUCAAUUUUCUGGUUGAUCCCCCGAAUUUUCAAUUGUUCAUUAGCAUUAAGGGUAACUGAACGAUACUGCAGCAUACUCAACAACUCAAUAUGUCAAGCCCACAAGACAUCCCACAGACUCAAGCAUUAAACAGUGCCCAAAUAUCAGAAUCUCCUGGACGGAGGUUUUUGAUUCCUAGCCCCAUUCCAACUAGACGAACUCGCACUAAAUCUAUGUCAGAGCGUGCAGCUGAAGGACCAACUCACAAAGGUGUCGUUAAAAGUUUCUGCAGACAAAGAGGCCAUGGGUUCAUUCAUCAAGAAGAUGGUAGCAAGGAGGAUAUUUUUGUUCACAUUUCUGACAUUGAAGGUGAAUGGGUCCCUAAAGAAGGUGACCAUGUGACAUUCAAGACAGUUUGUAUCCCACCUAGAAAUGAAAAACUGCAAGCAGUCCAUGUAGUAAUAACACAUUUGAAGCCAGAAGUGGUACAUGAGAGAUGGGACUCACCUGUUCCCACCACACCUGAGAAGUCAUCCGAUUAGAAAUGUAAUACUCAUUCUAUUGUAUGUUCAUUUAUGUAAACCAGAGAAUAUUGAAAAAAAAUCCAGUUUUUUCAUUGAUAUGUACUUUAAUCAAGCUCCACUUUUUGGAAGCUGAAGUCAAUUUAUAAAAAUAACUACAGUUACAAAAGAGGUUUUUACAGUUUUAGAAAAGUGUAAGUUAAGCUCAUGUUAUUCAUUUUUUUCUAUUUCUUCAUGUUGGAUUCUGCUCAAUGAUAACCAAAUAAACCUAAUUAUAAGAAUAUAUUGUGAAAAAAGUUAUAUGCCCAAUAAUUAUAAAAGUUAACUCUUUCUAACUGUAAGUCUGUUCAUGCAAUAAUCCAAGACAUUUAUUUCUUUUUUUCAUGCAACUUAAAGCAAUCUUAAAAGUGUUUUUAUCAAAAUAAAUCUUUAAAAAUUAGCAUCAUAUGAUCAAGAAUGGAGUGAAUUUUUAUGAUGGAUUUGUAUCCUCUGGUGAAAUUGGUGUCAUAAAAAUUGUAAUUGACCACAGUAAAGAAUGUUAUGAAAUGUUACCUUCUGUUCUGAUUUAGGGGCUGCUUGAGACGUGGGAUGAUUGUAAAAGAUACUUUGUCUACACAUGUAAAUUGAUUACUGGUAUUUGUUAAAAUUGAUUUUAUAGUAUUUGACAGCACUCUUAAGAUAAUUCAGAUUAUUCUAAAAGAUUUUUUUAGGUUUUGUAAAAUUUGUAUUUUAAAUGAAGGAAGUAAGAAUUUUUGUUUUACACCUAUUUUCCUUAUUGUAUUGGAAGAUUAAUCCUAAUAAAUUUUACUUUGUUCUAUGAAUUAAAAUUUUAAUGAAUCUAAAAAUAUUUUGCCUUAUAAAUACUAACUAUAUGCCUUUAUACUGUACAAGUCAUAAGUUUAAAACAAUGUACAUUGUUGUGUUUAAACAAAGCUAAACAGGUGUUUUACUUCCAUCUUUAAUUAAGAUUGUUAUUUGAGUGGACUAUGCUAAUCGUAUUUUAAUCUUGUGAUUGUAUUGUGUGUAAUGACAGAUUAUCCAUUUCAUACCAAUAAAUUUCUCCUCUUAAUGCAUUUACUGUUGAUUUUUUUUUUUUUAUAUUAGUAGGCAUACUUGUUCAAAUUUCAUGUUCUUGGUUGUUUUUUUUUUUUAAGAAAAAUAAAAUUUUAAAAUUUGAUUAUUGUUGCUUGUUAAUUUAUGCAAUACAUUUGCAAACUCUUCAAAAACUAUUCAAGUUAUUAUAAAAAAUGUCUAAAAAGUAAAAGAAAGACUUUUAAUAAAAAUUGUUUUGACCAACUAAAAAAUAAAGUGCCUGUGCAGUGAUAUUAAAUUUAAAACAUUGUGUAUUGCCGAACAGCUUUUAAUUAAAAAAUUUACCGAUGAAAUUUAAAUGUUCAUAUGUUAGGGUAUUGUUGAUUUAAAAAAUGGUUACUCCUCUAAACAAAUAUUGCAGUGACAUUACUAUUCAACCACCAAAUGUUUUAAUAAACCUUGAUUUACUGUACAGUAACUUGAUUCUUUUUUUACUGCUGUUCUUGCCAUCAGUUGGUCAUUCAAUUUUUAAUAGUAAUUUUGUCAAUAUUUACAAUCUAGGCUACCUUAUUGCAUGUGCUAACAUUUUGUAAUUAAUCAGCUGACAUUGUAAAAUUUAGUGAAUGUUUAUAUUUAGUACUUAGGAGUUAAAAUUUUUGUUAUAUAAAUUUUAUGCUAUAUAUCCUUUAAACAAAGGCUUUUUGAUUUAUAAAACCACUAAAUAAAAUUUUCUUUAUAUUAUA